GGCCAUGGUGAUUUUUCUGCUGCAAAUACCAAAGUCUUGCGCAUGGUAAAUACUUUAGCAGUCGAUAACGAGGCAAAACAAACCAUAGAGGCAUUAAGAACUGAGCUACAAAAGACGAAAGAGAGGUUACAAGCCGUUGAAGAAUUGAAAAGUCAGUCGGGUGACUCUGGGAAACUAGUCGAUUCAUACAUUUCAGGGAAGAUAACACAGUUAAAGGAACAAAUUGCAACAUUAGAAAAACGUGAAGAAAGAUACAAGACCGUCUUUGCCGAUAGAAUUUCAGUGUUCAGAAGGGCAUGUUGUGAAAUUUUCGGUUACAAG